AUGUACUGCUCCAUUUACAACAGUUUGUCCUCUGUCAUCCUCACUUUCACCUUUGUUACUGCUUGUAUUGUUGUCUCAUCUCUUGAUGAUCAUAAUGUGGACUGCUCUAGUGAACAAGUCGAUAAAAAAUUUUGCAAGCAAGCAUAUUCAAAAGACAAGGCUCGCAGGCAACGACGUAUUGAAGAGACCGAGAACCUUAUUAUAAAAAAGCUCCUUAGCAAACCCAACAGAAAGAUAGAUGAGCUUUGCAGUGAACUUGACAAGACCUGCUUCAUUAUUAUUGAUAGCGUUGAGAAACAUGACAACGUGUUAUCCGCGUUCAGAAGUUUGCGGAGAAAAGGGCCGCAGGGUGUCCUAAUACUGUCGCAAGCAAGCCUUCAACCCCAUUCACCUCUCAAUUGGGAGAAUUUCAAUUCAAAGACAUGGAGUAUAAAGAAAGACGAUGUUCGAUUGACUUAUGCUCGACUUAUGAUUGCUGGAGCAUUUUUGAGUGGAGGCCUGGAGCUCAACACCAAAAGAAAACAAGAUAUACUGAUUAUCGGACUUGGAGGAGGAAUCAUUAACAAUUAUUUUGCACAAAUGGAAAAUCAAGUGCUAAACAUCACUGUUGUCGAUAUUGAUCCUGUGAUGAAGAAAAUAGCCACAAAAUGGUUUGGAUUCGCGGAAUCGCCUUUGCAUAGAAUUGUUGUGGAUGAUGGAGUGAGAUAUAUUCAUGGUGCUGCUAAAAGAGGAGAAAAAUAUGAUGUACUCAUCAUUGACCUAUGCUACAACAUACCUGUACCCAUGAUGUGUCCAAUAAUGGAAUUUUUAGAUGAUGGCUUAAUUGCUUCUAUGAGAGAUAUCACAGCAGAAAACGGUGCGGUUAUCGUGAUCAUAAUCACUCAGCGGGGGUAUAGCAAAGAAAUUCAAGACAAGGUGUAUUUCAUAUAUUCCCGUCAUUUCCCCUCGUGCUAUUUUAUAGGUCACUCCAAAAAGGAAAAAAUGCUGUUCUGUUCAGCCAAAGAGAACAAUUCGUACCUGAACAAUACAGAUAAACGCUUUUACAAUCGGUUCUUAACCGUGGAUAACACUCUUGGAUUUGAUCUGCUUCCAUAAAAUCGAUGUUCUUAGCUCUGAAAAUUGAGUACUAGUAGUUUCUAGAUCCGUAAGCCGCAUCUUGCUUGCUUCGAAUCGAGC